CGCUGUCAACUGUCACUUAACAAAAACCACAAAAAAAAGGGUGUCGGAUCGAUAAGCUAAUUGGAGAAAAGAAAAAAAUUUUCAACUUCUCGGAAAAUCUUUUGCAAAAAAAAUUCAAUAAAAAUCUAAAAAAAAUGAUCGGUGGCUUGUUCGUCUACAACCACAAAGGUGAAGUAUUAAUUUCCCGAGUUUAUCGCGAUGAUAUUGGUCGAAAUGCAGUCGAUGCCUUUCGGGUCAACGUCAUCCAUGCAAGACAACAAGUGCGUUCCCCAGUCACAAAUAUCGCUCGUACUAGUUUUUUUCAUAUAAAGCGUGCAAAUAUUUGGCUAGCUGCGGUAACUAAACAAAAUGUUAACGCUGCCAUGGUCUUUGAGUUUCUCUUGAAAAUUAUCGAAGUAAUGCAAUCAUACUUUGGUAAAAUCUCCGAGGAGAAUAUCAAGAAUAAUUUCGUUCUAAUCUACGAGUUGUUGGAUGAGAUUCUCGACUUUGGUUAUCCUCAAAACACGGACACUGGUGUUUUGAAGACUUUUAUUACACAACAGGGAAUCAAAUCGGCAACAAAAGAGGAACAAAUGCAAAUAACUUCGCAGGUCACCGGUCAAAUUGGAUGGCGUCGUGAAGGCAUUAAAUAUCGUCGCAAUGAAUUGUUCCUUGAUGUUUUGGAGUAUGUCAAUCUCCUUAUGAGUCCACAGGGUCAAGUUUUAUCGGCGCACGUUGCCGGAAAAGUUGUUAUGAAGUCUUAUCUUUCUGGUAUGCCUGAAUGCAAAUUUGGUAUAAACGAUAAAAUUGUCAUGGAAUCCAAGGGCCGAGGUCUAUCUGGAAACAACGAAGCCGAAGCAUCUCGUUCGGGCAAACCAGUUGUCGUUAUUGACGAUUGCCAGUUUCACCAAUGCGUCAAACUAAGCAAAUUCGAAACCGAACACUCAAUCAGCUUUAUCCCACCGGAUGGUGAAUUCGAACUUAUGCGUUAUCGCACAACAAAAGACAUUUCAUUGCCAUUCCGCGUUAUUCCCCUGGUCCGUGAAGUAGGACGUACCAAAAUGGAAGUUAAAGUAGUUCUCAAAUCCAAUUUCAAGCCAUCAUUGCUUGGCCAGAAAAUCGAGGUGAAAAUCCCAACACCACUUAAUACUUCCGGAGUGCAGUUGAUCUGUCUCAAGGGCAAAGCCAAGUAUAAAGCAUCAGAGAAUGCAAUUGUUUGGAAGAUAAAGCGUAUGGCCGGCAUGAAAGAGACUCAAUUGUCUGCCGAAAUUGAACUUCUCGAAACAGACACCAAGAAGAAAUGGACUCGACCUCCAAUCUCGAUGAACUUUGAAGUUCCAUUUGCGCCGUCAGGUUUCAAAGUUCGCUACCUGAAGGUCUUUGAACCAAAACUCAACUACUCAGACCAUGAUGUCGUCAAAUGGGUGCGCUAUAUUGGUCGCAGUGGACUCUACGAAACUCGCUGUUAAACGUGUUGAUUUCAACGAUCGAUUGCGUUUAUAUUUCGUAAUAAGAAAACACAAGAUGCAGAAAAACAUUAUUACAUUAUUUCCUAAGCAAAAUGUUCAAUCUUUGUCGUUAUAUUCCAAUAUUAUAGAUAUUCAUUUUUUUAUUAUUAUUAUUAUUAUUUUCUUAUCUUUUGAAAAAACAAAAAGAAAUCAUACAUUAUAUUAUUAAAAAAAUAUAUAUAUAUAUUAAAAUAUAUCAAAAAAAAAAAACCUAUGCGAAGCGAAAUUCCCCCCAACAUGGAUUAGAUCUGGUAAAUAUUCAAAAUUCCGAUAUUACUCUAAGUGUUAUAUAGAAUUUUCAUUGUUAAUAAAUAUUUAAAACUAAAUAAAUUACCUAUCUUAUGUUUUUACUAUCGAUACACUUUUAAUAACAGUUAAACAAUAUUUUUAAAAAUGUAUCUUAAAUCUAAAUCUACACAGAAACUGUGUUGGGAAAAUUCAAAAACUCUGAUAUAUUAAAAAAUAAUAUAUAUAAAAAAAAAAGCUCACUCUAUUAUAACACUUUCUUAGGAUAGUGAUAAUUCUAUUGCUCUACCUUGGAGUAGCAGCAAACAAAAAAAAAAAUAUAUAAACAUAAUAAUUAUAUAUACUCGAAUGUAAAAUAAACACAGGA